UGUGGCUGUUAAUAAAAAGGAUAUGACUCAUGAGUGCGGUUGACAGAAACGGUAUCGUUCCUUUCGAAUAAAAGAACUUGCCGCCAGAGUUGCCCUAUCACUCGCUCACACUCGAUGCUAAUAGUCUUUAGAAAAUUCAAUCCGAUGAAUCCUCUGUCGAAAAAUCGACGAAUCUGAUGGUUCUCUAAUUGGGAUUCAAGAAAAGUUGAAGCCUUUCGGAGCUGUGGACUUCUUCUCUAUUCGUUUUAAUUUCAAAGGUGAGUUCUUUCUUUCCGUUGUCUGAAAAAUCAACCAAAACGAACACCCCAACCAGUGUGAUUCACCAAGUGACCCAUUCUUUGAUUAUUUUCUGGGAAAACAAACAGACAACAAUUUCAUAUCUAAUAGGAAAGUAGUUGUUUACCAAUUGAAUUGUAUAUGAAACGUAACUGACAUUGUUAAUAAAAUACGAUUGAAGCAUAAAAAACUGAAAUUGCAGAGAGAGAGAGAGAGAGAGAGAGAGAGAGUGAGUGAGUGUGUGUGUUUGGGUUAGAAGCUUUCAGCGCCAAUGGAGUGCUGCCCGACAUGUGGAAGCAUGCUGUUAUAUGAGCUGCCCCAUAUGGGUCGCCCUGCAAGAUUCCACUGCCCGAGGUGCCCUUACGUAUGCCACUUCGAAAGCGGGGUUAAGAUAAAGAGAAAAGAACGUUUGGUUAGAAAGCCUAUUGAACCCGUCCUCUCCCAAGAUGACUUGAAAAAUGCGCCCAAAGCUGAAGUAACAUGUCCCAAAUGUGGUCAUGGAUUGGCUGCUUACAAGACGAUGCAAACUCGAUCCGCUGAUGAGCCAGAGACAAUACUUUAUGCAUGCUUGGAGAAGAAUUGUAGACAUACUUGGCGUGAAUAGGGUUCUUAUCUCGCAAAUAUUUCUUAUGCCCCCAAGGUUAUAGGAUUUAUUUGCAUUGGUUGAGUUGAUAUCCCCUGUAACUUAGCUUCAGAGUUCUCAAGUUUCGUACUGUAUCCAUUAUGGAAAAUUUUGAAUUUAGUAUUAUGAACUUUGAUAGCCUCAUGAAAAUUUUGAAAUACUCCGAGUAAUUGCUUGGUCUUAAUCGGUUAAAUGUAUGGAAUUCUUAAUGAAAUCUAAAUUUUCUUUUUUAAUUA